CUGCUGCCAGUGGCCUUGUAAUACAUACAUAACAAGCUCACACGUGCAAACUGGACGGAAUUGGGCUGGACUAACGAGUUUUUACGAUGAAUUUCUAUUAAGUUUAUGAUGGAUGAUAGUCGUCUUGAGGCUAUAAUGGAAAAAAUGAAGCAAAUCGAUGAAAAUUUCAGCAAUAUGGAGUCAAAAACUAAAGCAACUCCAAGCAGAGCUGAUUUAAAACCAAUGUCUGAUGUUGUAGUGGACACAAAUCCAUACAGUAGACUGAUGGCACUGAAAAGAAUGGGUAUUGUUGAUAACUAUGAGAAAAUUCGCGAUUAUUCCGUUGGAGUUGUGGGCGUUGGGGGAGUUGGAAGUGUCACUGCAGAAAUGUUAACCAGAUGUGGUAUUGGUAAACUGAUUUUGUUUGAUUAUGACACAGUGGAAUUGGCGAAUAUGAACCGGUUAUUCUAUCAGCCGCAUCAAGCGGGCAUGACGAAGGUGCAAGCUGCUUCUUUGUCAUUGACUCACAUCAAUCCUGAUGUUAUUAUUGAAGCACAUAAUUAUAAUAUUACUUUGUUGGAGAAUUAUGAUCAUUUCUGCAAACAACUCACUGAAGGUGGCAUCGAUGGAAAACCCCUUGACUUAGUCCUUUGCUGUGUGGACAACUAUGAAGCGCGUCUAGCAGUAAACACCGCGUGUAACGAACAUGACCUCACCUGGUUUGAGUCCGGUGUAGCUGAAAAUGCAGUCUCCGGCCACAUCCAAUACAUCUGCCCUGGUGAAACCGCCUGUUUUGCCUGUGUGCCUCCCUUGGUAGUCGCUUCAGAAAUCGAUGAACGUACUCUGAAACGUGAAGGUGUAUGCGCUGCGAGUCUUCCAACUACAAUGGGAAUUGUCGCUGGACUUUUAGUGCAAAACGCGCUCAAAUAUCUUCUUAAAUUCGGAACGGUUUCGCAUUAUUUGGGUUAUUCAGCAUUAACUGAUUUCUUCCCAACGAUGCAACUCAAACCCAACGUAACUUGCGGUGAUAGUCAUUGUGUCAAGCAACAGAAACUGAAAGCAGAAGCGAUAAAAUCAAAAACAAUUGAAGUAAAACCCGAAGAAGCGCCUGUGCAUGAAGAUAACGACUGGGGAAUUUCAUUAGUUGAUGAGAGUGUUGUUAAAGAGGAGAAAUUAGAUGUUGCUGAAGGUAUUUCGUUCGCUUAUAAUGUUGAUACAACGCAGGAAACAGUUGGAGGUGGAGGUGGACCGGAAAAUGAAGAAUCCGAAUCAUUGGAGGACCUAAUGGCGAAGAUGAAAAGUAUUUAAGCUUGUUAUUAAAAAAAUAAAUAUUUUAUAAAUAACUCAACAUCAAAAUUCACACGAAAUUUAGUUUACAAACUGUUUAGACUCUGAUUAUGUGUAAAAACUACUCUCUGUUGCAAUUUUUUACAAGUCUAGUGGGUUGUCAUCAUAUGUUAUUGUUUAGUUUGUCAUUUGGAUGUCUUAUAGUUGCGGAAUAUAUAUUUUACGAAUACUAACUCUUAUUGACUUUGGUUUUAAGUGAACGAUCACAUUUCACACUGCAGUAAAGUUUGUUUUAUAGUGGAUAUGAGAAGAUAAAGUGCUUUUAGAUAAGAAAUAAACCAAUAACUAGUGUUUAGUUAUUAGAAAAUUCACAGAAUUUGCACAAAAAUGCUAAAAACUUGAAAAUAUUCAAAAAAAUGCUUUAAAAUCGA